AUGGCAAACUUUUUUGUGCAAAAGUGUAAAAUAUUUAAAAAUGAAAUUAUAUUGUAUUAUGACCAAUUGAUUGGAAGUGGUUCAAGCUGUGGCAAGAUCUUACAACGUUUCCCAGAGAAAGACUGGGAUGGCUGUCCAUUUACACAAGGAAUAGAAUGGUUCUGUCAGCCAUCAGGAUGGAAGUUAUCCACUCAAAGAAAACAACCAGAAUUCUAUGUGGCAGUAUUAACAGAUAUAGAUGCCGACCGCCAUUACUGUGCUGUGUUCACCUUUCACGAAACAGUUGCCAUGACACCAACAAAACCUGAUGAUGAAGAUGGUGAUGAACAUGAAACCUCAUUGGUUCAUCAUUCGUUAAUGUUUGCACCUAAAAGUCUGUUGCUUGUGUCUAGGCUAGACUAUUUUGAAGCAUUCAGGAACUGUUUAGGUAUUAUCUAUACAGUAUAUAUAGAGAAUUUAGACGUACAGCUGGAGACACUGGUGGGUAAUAUUCUAGGAUGUGUUCAAGUCCCUCCACCAGGAGGACCACAAGUUAGAUUCUCUAUAGGUGCUGGUGAUAGACAAGCUCUUCAACCUCCAUUAUGUCCAACAUUACCAGCUACACAAGUUUCAGUGGCACAUUUAUUCGAACAAUUAGGUAUCAACAAUACAUUGGCCAUAUUUAGUGCUGUUAUAACAGAUCAUAAGAUAUUAUUUUUCUCAGAAAGUUAUUGUCAUUUAACAGAAGCAUGUCAUGCUGUAACUUCAUUAUGUUAUCCUCUCAAAUACAGUUAUGUAUAUAUUCCAAUAUUACCGGCCCAUUUAUUAGAAGUUUUAACCACACCUACUCCCUUUAUAGCUGGAGUUCAUUCUUCAUUACGUAAUGAAAUCACAGACUUGUUUGAUGUAAUAAUAGUUGAUCUAGAUAGUGGAAGUAUUACUAUACCAGAAUGUGUUAAAUUAUUAGAAUUACCAGAAACAAUACUUAAUAGAACCAGAAAAUUACUGUCUAUUAUUCUCACACCUCAGUUAUUAAGUGCUGAUUAUGCGUUUGCUCCACCACCCAAAAAACCAUCAUUAAUUCUACAUAGGGAUAAAGAAAUCCGAGCUGUGUUUUUACGAUUAUUUGCUGAAUUAUUUACUGGUUACAGAUCAUGUUUAACAUGUAUACGUAUCCAUCCGGAACCAUUCAUCUCGUUUCAUAAGGCAUUUUUUCUGGGCCAUCGAGGGAUGAUGGAAGAUGAUUUUACACAUCGUGUUUUAGAGGGAAUGAGUUUUAAUACUUUUGUUGGAGAACGUGGUCCUCCUUAUCGUGUCUGUGAUAUUUUUGAUGAAGUUUAUGCAACUAUUCAAGAUGAAUUAAAAGAAGAAAAAAGUGAUUUAGUGAAAAUGAUGUUUAACACUAAAAAUAUUUCUAAUCAACUUUAUUUAAAUGAGUUCCCCAAUCCUCAACCCUAUAUACAGAAAGUCCCAAAACCUACAGAUGGUGCUUAUGCUAGAACUCAUCAACCUGCUUUCCCUUCAUUAAAUAAUAAAAUGGUACAAGAUAUAAUAGAUGAAGGCUUGGCUAAAUCCAGUAUUAAAUCAAAAAUUGCAAAUGUUCGACCUCAUCAACCAAGAAUAGUACCUAUGGGACCACCAGCAGCAGCAAUAGAUAAACAGAAACUGGUAGAGAAUAAUGCCAGAAGACUAGAAGUUCUAAGAAAUUGUAUUAAUUAUAUCUUUGAGAAUCGGAUAUCAGAUGCCAGAAUUAUAUUUCCUGCAGUAUUAAGAGCAUUAAAGAGUAAAGUAACAAGAUUGGCUAUGACACAAGAAUUAAGUUAUCAUGUAUUAUCUAAUAGAGCUAUGUUAGAACAUCAACAGUUUGAUUUGGUUGUUAAGUUAUUAAACUGUGCUUUACAGAAUGAUUCUAGUAUGGAUGAACAUGGUGUAGCUGCUUCCAUUCUACCUCUUGCCACUGCAUUUUGUCGGAAACUGUGUACUGGAGUGAUUCAGUUUGCCUAUACCUGUAUUCAAGAUCAUGCCGUCUGGGCUAAUCUACAGUUUUGGGAACAAUCAUUCUACCAAGAUGUUCAGAAACAAAUACGUCAGUUAUAUUUACCUUUCUAUGAAGAACAUAAAGUAGCUGAAAAACAAAGAGAAGGUUCCAGAUCACCACAAUCACCAGCUGAUAAUCAUGAUGCAAAUUGGAACCGAUCUUUAAGUUCUAUUCCUGAAACUGGUAGAAGAACUAAUAAGAAACGUCCUCGAGAAAUUGGUGUUCUAGAAAUAGCAGCAGAACAGCUACGUAUUUGGCCAACAUUAAGUAAAGAACAACAAGAUGAAUUGAUGAGUAAUGAAGAAUCUACAGUCUACAGUCAAGCUAUACAUUAUGCCAAUAGAAUGGUAUAUUUACGUGUUCCCCUCGACGUUCAUAAAUCAUUUAAAAAUGCUGUUGGUUUUGAAGGUGAAAGCAACAGUAAUAGUAAUAUAACAGCAAGUAUUGCGGAAAGUGAUAGUUUUGAUGCUGAAAGUGGUUUUGAUGAAUCAGAAGCGUCUGAUGUUAGUGGUAAUGUUGUUAGGUUUGUUACAAGAUUUGUUGAUAAAGUAUGUAAUGAUGGUGGUGUAACACAAGAACAUAUAAAAUCUUUAUAUCAAAUGAUACCAGGUGUGGUUGCUAUGCAUAUAGAAACAUUAGAAGCUGUUCAUAAAGAAAGUAAAAGAUUACCACCAAUACAGAAGCCCAAACUUCUGACACCAACAUUAUUACCAUCAGAAGAGAUUGUUAUGGAAGGUUUACGUGUAUAUUUAUUAGCAGAUGGUAGAGAAGAAGGAACUGGUAAUUAUAUGGGUGGACCAUCACUAUUACCAGCUGAAGGUGCUGUCUUCCUCACUACAUAUAGAAUAAUAUUUAAAGGUACACCUUGUGAUCCUUUAGCUUGUGAACAGAUAGUAAUAAGAUGUUUUCCUGUAUCUACUAUCACUAAAGAGAAGAAGAUUAGUGAUCAAUAUUUACCACAUUUAGAUCAGUGGUUACAAGAAGGUCUUCAAAUCAGAUCUAAUGUGUUCCAGUUAAUGAAGAUAGCUUUCGAUGAAGAAGUUGGUUCUGAUGAUGUAGAAACAUUACGUAAACUGACUAAUAAAAUACGCAAUCCACCAUAUAUAUUCAAUACCUUCGCUUUUAGUGGCCAGAUGAUCCAUGAAGCCACACCUCUUCAUAAACAUAAAGAAAAGAAUGCUUCUCUUAGACAAUUUGCCAAGAGAACAUUAAUGAAGACGGCACGAAAAGCUGGUUUAAAAUCGAAACAAUCUACUCAUAAACAAAAAUAUGUAUUACCCACACCUCCUACAGCACGACGUAAUGUUUCACCAAGAUCAUCAGAUAGUGAAUCAGAACGACCUAAUAGUGAGGCUUAUGAUGAUCUCUCUAUCAUUGAUGAAAGUGAAUUUGCCUCAUCAUUAUCCAAUGAUCCUAAGAAUCUAGAAAGAUUGAUGGAGAGACCAAGUUUUCAAGACUAUCAAAGAUUAGGAUUUGUCAAUCUCUGUAUGGUGGGCCAGAAAUCUAAUCGAGAUCUAUUUCGAAUAUCUACUGUUAAUGCUAACUAUUCUGUGUGUAGAAGUUAUCCUGCUUUACUAGUCGUACCAGCAGCUGUAACAGAUGAAAGUAUAAGAAAAUUUGCUAGAUGCCAUCGGCAGUACAGAUUACCAGUUAUAACAUGGCGACAUCCUAGAACUAAAGCGUUAUUAUUACGAGCUAGUGGUUUACAUAGUCGUGGUUUGAUGGGUAUGUUACGUCACAAUCCUUCUUCUGGUACAUCCCAUGGUGAAACAUCUUCCAGUAUUGAACAAGAGAAAUAUUUCAUGGCAGUGGUGGCCGCUACACCAAACAAUGCUCGUUCCUACCACCCUUCUUACAGUGAUUCCCUUACUAGUCUAGAUUCCUUAAUGAUGGUAGGACUAAUGGAUCCUUUAAACAUACCAGAAACACCAGACGUCAUAAGACGAGGUGGUGUUUAUAAAGCAACUACCACUCAGAGAUCUAGUGUAGCUAAUAAACAGAAACCAGGAUCUUUACAACGUAUUGGUAGUUUACGUGAAAAAUCACGCUUUUCCUCAUCAGGCCAAGAUUCCAGAUCUAGUAAUGCUAAUUUAGAUAGUCGAGGAGAUUUGAUCAAUAAUUCAGUUCAACAUCUACAUAGAGUUCGAUUGUAUGUUCUCGGUGAAAAAACACAAAUGAAGGGUAUUAAGGUUGAAUCAUUCCCUAAAUGUGAUUUUAUACCGGUUGAUUUCUAUGAAGUACGUCAUGUUAAAGCUAGUUUUAAAAAGUUGAUGAGAGCCUGUGUACCAAGUACAGCUUUUGUUCAGGGUGAAGGUUUUUAUAAGGCUGUAGAAGAGUCAGAAUGGCUGUUACAGAUUCAGUCUAUAUUACAACUAGCUGGUGCUACUGUAGAUUUAUUAGAUGUACAGGGAUCAUCUGUUAUGAUUUGUUUAGAAGAUGGUUGGGAUGUCACCACACAGGUGAUAGCUAUAGCUGAAAUAUUACUAGAUCCUUACUAUCGUACUAUAGAGGGUUUUAAAGCUUUAAUAGAGAAAGAGUGGAUAUCAUUUGGUCAUAGAUUUACUCAUCGUAGUAACCAGACAGCAGCAAAUCAAGCCAGUGGUUUCGCUCCUUUAUUUUUACAGUUUUUAGAUGUUGUUCAUCAGAUUCAUAAUCAGUUCCCAUUAUCAUUUGAAUUCAACCAAUAUUUUAUCAAAUUUCUCGCCUUCCAUUAUGUGUCAAAUCGCUUCCGAACAUUCAUGUUAGACAACGAAUUUGAACGUGUUGAAGCUGGGUGGUUACAGGAAGAGAAGAAAUCACCAAAAGUGGAUGAGAUGGAUGAGAUUAUUGGUUAUUCUCCCAAACAUCUUAACCAAUCUGUUGGUCAUUCUAUAUGGGACUAUAUUGAAAAACAACAUAGAAAAUCACCUAUUUUUAGUAACUUUAUGUACAGCCCUGAAGAUCAAGAACAGGUUAUGCGUCCUUAUUCUAACAUUUCGAAUCUCAAAAUCUGGAGUUAUUAUCUCAAUGAAGAUUUAUGCCAUGGUCCAUCAUAUGAUAUUGAACUGGUUAAUCAAGAAUUACACCAAUCAGAAGAUAAUGAAGCUGAGGCCAUGGGAAUUGUCAAACGUAAAAUCUUAAACGGUUGCUAUGACAACAUUCUUCUUCAGGAACCUAAUUAUUUUAGAUUCCAAUUUCAGGAAAUCCAUAAACUUGAAACUGAUCUGGGUCAUUUACCUCAGAAGUGGAAAGUGAUUUGGGACAAAUUAGAAUCACCUCAACGUGAUAGUGUUCAUAGACAAAUAUCAUUUAACACCCAGCUAGUGAAAUCACAUGGACGUUCAAUACAUAAACGCUCUACGUUAGAGAUAUUAGUCAAGGGUAAAAUGUUAGGUGAAGCUGCCAGAAUGUUUAGUCAACCUCAUCGUUUUGAGAGACAUACAUACACUACUCCUGCCUACUGUGAUUAUUGUUCUCAUGUAUUAUGGGGCCUGUCUAAAACUGGAAUGCAUUGUAUAGAUUGUGGUUAUAAUUGUCAUGAGAAAUGUCAACCAUCAGUACCUAAAAAUUGUACCAAGUUAAAAUCAGUCACAACAGAUCCUAAUGCCAGUAGCACCAAUAUCUCCAGAGUUGCAGGAUCUGAUGCCAGUUCUACUAGUGCUGGUACAACAACUAUGUAUGAGAAUUUUUCAACUAAUAUUGGUGAAAAUCGUACCCAUGAAGGUUAUCUAUAUAAACAAGGAGCUUUAUUGAAAGGUUGGAAACAAAGAUGGUUUGUGUUAGAUUCUAUGAAACAUGAGUUACGUUAUUAUGAUGCUAUGGAAGAUUCUAGUUAUAAAGGAUUAAUUAAUUUAGCUGAUGUCGAAUCAGUUAUACCCCAGAAAAAUCUUCCUGGAGCUCCAAAAAAAGCUGAAGAAAAUUCAUUUUUUGAGAUUCGAACAGUGAGAAGAUUUUAUAACUUCAUGUCAACUGAUGCUAAAGCUGCUCAGGAAUGGAUUGAUAAAUUACAGAGCUGUAUACAAUAAGACAAACCAUUAUUAUGAUAAUAAGACAAACCAACUGGAUAUUAAGGCAAACCAUCCUUGUGGUAGUCUGUUUUUAAACAAAAACCCAAUCUGACAAAAUACGACUUACUUUGGGAUGUCAAUGAAGAUAGACAAACCAACAUUGAGAUGUCAAUAGAUUAAGACAAAUCAACAUGGAGAUGUCGAUGAAUUAAGACAAACCAACACUGAUAUGUCAAUGAAUUAAGAUAAACUAACAUUGAAAUCUCAAUGAAUUUGGACAAACCAUCAUUGAGAUGUUGAUGAAUCAAGACAAACCCAAAUUUGGGCAUACCCAUAAAAUAAGUCCAGUUCAUUAGUGGAAUAUUAAGAAGUCUUCAAGUGUAUAAUUAGCAUUGAAUGAAAUUCCUUUUAGUUCACUUGAGGCUAAGAAAUAGUCUAUACCAUCUGAAUAAACCUUAAGUCUGCUUAAAAUAAUGAAAUAAACCUUAAUUUGUUUCAAAUAAAAUUCAAAGCAUAUGUAUAUAUCUGUAGUGUAAAUAUUUUUAACUGUCAAAAACCAUUGGUAACUGUGAAUGCAAUGUUUUUUCUAAAUUUUGUACCACAAGCCUUUUAUAGUUCUGUGUUUGUUUUUUAGAUGUUCUGAUAUUAUUAUGUAAUGUAUGUAAAUUGUAAAUGUACAAAUGUCUUGUAGAAUCUCAUUGAUAUUAGAACAAAUUGGGUAAAUAUAAAAGGGCAAGCAGGCACUGAAUUCUUAUGUAGGGCAAAGGGGGCAAAUUGGUUCUCAGAUUAAGUGUAUUUAACAGUAAAUUGUUAGAAAUUUCAAAGAUGGAGAUGAAAGUAAAAAAAAAUUAUGCUGAUUUCAUUUUUAAAACUAGUUAUUUCAUCAACUUUCAACAUUUCAUCUCCAUAUAAUAGUCACUAGUACCGUUUGAUAAACUGUAGUUUGAAUUCUUAGUUGAUAGUAUCCUAUUUAUAUGUUGAUAUUUAAUAUAGAUAUACAUAGUC